AUGAAGAAAAAAAAAAUAAUAGUCGUGGGGGGGGGGGGGGGGGGGGGGGGGGGGGGGGGGGGGGGGGGGGGGGGGGGGGGGGGGGGGGGGGGGGGGUGGGGGGGGGGGGGGGGGGGGGGGGGGGGGGGGGGGGGGGGGGGGGGGGGGGGGGGGGGGGGGGUGGGGGGGGGGGGGGGGGGGGGGUGGGGGGGGGGGGGGGGGGGGGGGGGGGGGGGGGGGGGGGGGGGGGGGGGGGGGGGGGGGGGGGGGGGGGGGGGGGGGGGGGGGGGGGGGGGGGGGGGGGGGGGGGGGGGGGUGGGGGGGGGGGGGGGGGGGGGGGGGGGGGGGGGGGGGGGGGGGGGGGGGGGGGGGGGGGGGGGGGGGGGGGGGGGGGGGGGGGGGUGGGGGGGGGGGGGGGGGGGGGGGGGGGGGGGGGGGGGGGGGGGGGGGGGGGGGGGGGGGGGGGGGGGGGGGGGGGGGGGGGGGGGGGGGGGGGGGGGGGGGGGGGGGGGGGGGGGGGGGGGGGGGGGGGGGGGGGGGGGGGGGGGGGGGGGGGGGGGGGGGGGGGGGGGGGGGGGGGGGGGGGGGGGGGGUGAAGGGGGGGUGGGGGUGGGGGGGGGGGAUGGGGGUGGAGGUUUGCCUCCAUGUGCUACAUGUACUAAACUUUUGAAUGAAUCACCUGGCAGAGUUCGAAACUGA